CUCAGCAGGAACUGGCUUGGUCUCAACCAACUCCUUUUUGCUCCCAAAGCCUUUUUCCUCUGACCCGGCUGAGACUGUUGAUCUAAGAGGAGACCCCUCAGAUUCAGCGAGAACUCCCGCCUGUCCUCAGAGGCCGGAUGCUAAGCAGCCACAGCUGCUCUGAAGCCCCUCCAUGAAUCCCCGGAAGAAGGUGGAUUUGAAGCUCAUCAUCGUGGGAGCCCUGGGUGUAGGAAAGACCUCCCUCCUCCACCAAUAUGUGCACAAGACCUUUUUUGAGGAUUAUCAGACCACGCUAGGGGCCAGUAUCCUCUCCAAGAUUAUCAUACUGAAUGACACAACUUUGAAGCUACAGAUCUGGGACACGGGUGGACAGGAGCGAUUCCGCUCCAUGGUGUCCACAUUCUACAAAGGCUCCGAUGGCUGCAUCCUGGCUUUUGAUGUCACUGACCUGGAGUCCUUUGAAGCUCUGAAUACCUGGCGGGGUGAUGUUUUGGCCAAAAUCAUUCCAAUGGAGCAGUCCUACCCCAUGGUGGCGCUGGGGAACAAGAUCGAUCUGGCAGACCGACAGGUGCCACAGGAGCUAGCCCAGGACUGGUGUAAAGAGAAGAACAUUCCCUACUUUGAAGUCAGUGCCAAGAAUGACAUCAACGUGGUACAAGCCUUCGAGAUGCUGGCCAGCCGAGCUCUGUCCAGGUAUCGGAACACGGAGAAUUACCUCACAGACUCCAUCAAGCUCUCGCCCGAGGACCAGACCACGAGAAGAUGCUGCUGACCUCCCAGCCUCCCUCUCUGGACACCAGAGACUCGGCGUGCCCUGGCCUGGUCAUCCCGGCCUCCAACAGCUGCAACGCCCGCCCUGUCCGGCCCAGGCGCUGUGGCAGAGCCCUGGGCCCUGUGUCUGUGCUGGGCCCAGAGUCAGAAGGCGGCCCCUCCCUCGGGCUGAGCUGAGAGAAGUGAGCGCAGGGCUGGAUCCUGGGAGUCCUGAUGCGACUCAGUGUCACCGUGAAAUCCUGGCCUGGAGGAGGCACCAUUUCCUCGCUGGCUCAGCUUUCCUGCCC